AUGUGGAGGGGUCGUUUAUCGGGUCGCGGAAGAAUCUCAUCGUUCAUCUAUGGGAGGAGCAUUUUGCAAAGGGAGAAGAGCUUCCGCUUGAAACGCUCCAGCGCGAACUGGGCGAGAGAAAUGAGGAGCCCGAACAGCUGCUUGCAGCGCAAAAGGAAGAGGUGGAACUACAGCCGACGAGUAGCUCAAGAACGGAAAUUGAGGUGGGUCCGCGUCGCUGGCGUCGACACCUCGGGGAGUGUGGCGGCGUGCAGGCGUGGAAACAAUAUUCGGAACCUCUGGUGCGACAUUGGACUGACGAAGGGAGCAUAG